AACCUUUUUGCAUCACUCAAUUUAACGUGAACGCCCACACUCCCGCACAGUAGGUGGCGGCAUGCACAAACAACGUGCGAAUACCAUGAUCCCGAAGAAACAGAAGUAGUGUAGUGAACAACUACAAUUUCCACGUUAGCGUUUUUGUUGUUAUUUAGACGUUUAUUAACACAUUGGAACUCAAAAUACGAGCAUCAUAAAUGUACCUCAGGUAGUCUUUACUUCGCGUUGGAAGUAAAGACUAGGUAACGCUAGCUAGCUGCUAACCUAACGAUGGCUAACUGUAUGGUUUUUCACACUCAAAUAGCAUCCAUUAUGGAGGUUCUAGCGAAUGCAGCCGUGUCAGAGAUCUGUAAACUAGUAGACGACGACUAUGCAGUGUUUCGUUUGGAAAUAACUCAAAGCCAGAAAGAAAACAGGGGAUUGCGGAGGAAACUACAGGUACUGGAACUGAAGGUGGCACGGGAGCGCGCAGAGAGGACAAUACGAGAGCGCGUCCUCGCCAGUCGUCCCAGUGGUGUCAAGAUCCUCGACCGAUACAGCGGAAUGGCAAGAGGUGAAGGACAUCUCACUGGAGGCGACAGGAGCUUUGUGAAGCCAGCGGGACAUAACGUGUGGAGAGAUGACCAAAACAUAGCAAUUGAGUCUGCAGAUGCAGAGGAUGCAGGUCCUGAAGGAUUGUCUCUGGUCAAGCAGGAGAGGACUGAAAGAGAGGACCCACAACACAGCAGAGACAUUCAGGCUGGAGUGGCGCCACCUGUAGCCACAGAGGACCUUGCGACUGCUGCCGCGACCCAACGCAGAAUCACGGAGGUCAGUGGAAUGCCGAACGCCGUCCUCAAGUCAGAGACAGACAACGAGACUUUAACUGUAACACAAAGGAUCUUACACACAGGAUCUGACCACAGAUCAGACCCAGAGAGACUGGGGCAGGGGCCACUGGGCUGUCCUGCUCCUGGCUCAGAGUAUUUACUUUACGGUAACCCACGCCCGAGGACGGUUCAUUCCCAUCUGGACUUGGGUAAUGCCUCAGAGACUGUCAAUGAUCCAUCUUGUUCUUACAAUACAGAGUUGGGCCCUGACAACAUGCCCUUGGGUUUAGAGACACAGACUGAUCUGUCUAGAGCGGAAUGGAACCGGUACAGUAGUAGUGUAUACUCUGAAGGGAGCCAAGAUAAGAAAGGGGAGGCUAUAGUGGUAGAUGAGGUGAAAGUGGAGGGUGACGCUCCUCCCACAUGGAGUGCAGACAGUCUCCUGGGAGACGGACACUCACAGGGCAGAGUUUUCUUAGAUUACAGGGGAAGCUUAGAGACUAAUCGAAAUGGUGCCACCCACUCCCCUUUACACGCAUUCAGGGAUCGCGACCCAGUGUCCACGUCGACGACACCUUCCGAUUCACAAGGCUGCGUUCUUUUCGAUCAGGUAUUGAACUCAAAUGACCAAAGGGCCAAGGCUCGGGGAGGGGGAGCAACAUCAGGCAAUAGUAAAGAGAAACGGUUCCUCUGCAUGUUCUGUAACAAAGGCUUCAGCUGCCCCCAGAAGGUGGAGAUCCACCAGAGAGUCCACACAGGUGUGAAACCCUUCAGCUGUACCCAGUGUCACAUGAGCUUCGCCCAGGCUGGUGACCUGAAGAGGCACCAGAGGGUCCACACAGGGGAGAAACCCUUCAGCUGCCCCCAGUGUGAGAAGAGGUUCUCCCAGGCUGGUGACCUGAAGAGGCACCAGAGGGUCCACACGGGGGAGAAACCCUACAGUUGUACCCAGUGUCACAUGCGCUUCGCCCUGGCUGGCAACCUGAAGAUGCACCUGAAGGUCCACACGGGAGAGAGGCCAUUCGCCUGUAGGCAUUGCGGGAAGAGGUUCUCAGAGAGGAGCUACCUCAGGAUACACCAGCAGAAAAACCAUUCCACUCUGUAAAAUAGAAAAUGUUUUAACUUAAUAGCUUCUGACAUUUAGAUCAAAUGCUGCAUUAACCCCCCAGCGUGAGUUUUUGGGUUAUGCGUGUGAUAUCAGAAUGCAUUCACUAGCUAGGUUUCCAUCCCAAUUGGCAACAGAUUUUCAAUGGAAUAUUCUCAAAUCUGCAUAAAAACAAUGUGCACAUUUUCCCACCAGAAAUGUUUCCAUCAAAUCAGUGCGUGAUGACUUAGUGCACCCAAAAUGUACUUUUUCGAUUCAAGUUUUCAUGUACAAAAUAAAAAUAUAAAAGUUCAAUGUGUUUCCAUCGCAUUUUCAACUCUACUGAUAGUUUUGUCAUAAACAGCAAAUGUGUCUAAUUUGGUCUUGGCACCUGCGCUCUAGCCAACAGCUCGCAGAUACAAUACGGGUAGGCUGUGGCUUGUGUAGUCUACAUGAUGAGAUUAUUAUGGAUAACAACGAAUAUAUUUGUCAAAAGGCAGUCAAUUAUCGAUCAUCAUGUCGCAGCAUCAAGCUCAUCACCAUGCACUUUCACAACAUAUUUCCUCUGAAGCCUAAUAAACUGCAUGGUUUCUCAAGUCAUAGUGGGAGGACCACACACCAUAUCAUCGCGUGACUCCAAAUUUACUUAGAUAUGCUGGUUAUUAUAUAAUUAUUUGCACAUAAAGGUGUUUUCACCUGCAUUUCCUGUGUUAUCAAUUUUACCGACACAAAGAUCCCUCUAUGUCGAAGGAACAAAUGAUCUGUUGGCUUUUUUUUUUUAUUACACUGAAACUUCCGUGUUUCCAUCACAGCUGUCGUGAUUUUUCUUUAAACAAAAAAAGGACACAUUUUUGGAUGGAAACGAAUUAAUUGGUGUUCUAAGUAAUUGGUGUUCCAAAAUGUGAUUGUUAUGCAGGACAGUCAACCUGUCUAGGACACAGGUUCUGCUAACGGAACCCCCCCCCCCCCCCCCCCCCCCCCCAACAUUCCACUGAAAAGGCAGCGCGGGAAAUUCAAAAAUAUUUUUUUGAAAUAUUUGACUUUCAUACAAUAACAAGUCCAAUACAGCAAAUGAAAGAUAAACAUCUCGUUAAUCUACCCAUCGUGUCCAAUUUUUUAAAUGUUUUACAGCGAAAACACAACAUAUAUUUAUGUUAGAUCUCCACCAAAUCCCCAAAAAUAAAGCCAUUUUUCCCAGCCAAAGAUGGUCACAAAAGCAGAAUUAGAGAUAAAAUGAAUCCUUUGAUAAUGAAUCCUUUGAUAAUCUUCAUCUUCAUCAGAUGACACUCAUAUGACAUCAUGUUACACAAUACAUUUAUGUUUUGUUCGAUAAUAUGCAUAUUUAUAUCCACAAUCUCGGUUUACAUUGGUGCCUUGUUCAGAAAUGCCUCCAAAAUAUCCGGAGUAAUUUCAGAGAGCCACGUCAUAUAACAGAAAUACUCAUCAUAAACUUUGACGAAAGAUACAUGUUUUACAUUUAAUUAAAGAUACACUGGUUGUUAAUGCAACCGCUGUGUCAGAUUUUAAAAAAAAAAUAACGUUACGAAAAAAGCAUACCAUCAAUAAUCUGAGACGGCGCUCAAAGUAAAUAUAUUUCUCCGCCAUGUUGGAGUCAACAGAAAUACGAAAUUACAUCAUAAAUAUUCCCUUACCUUUGAUGAUCUUUCAUCAAAAUGCAGUGCAAUGAAUCCUAGUUCUGCAAUAAAUCGUUGUUUUGUUCCAUAAUGUCCAUUACUAGUGUCCAAUUAGCUACUUUUGCUAGCACGUUUAGUUCACAUGUCCAAAAGCUGGCGCUGGUCCAGGCGAACUCGGACGAAAACUUUAAAAGUUAUAUUCCAGGUCGAAUAAACUGGUCAAACUAAGUAGAGAAUCAAUCUUUAGGAUGCUAUCAUAUAUAUCCAAUAACGUUCCAACCGGAGCAUUCGUUUUGUCUACAGAGUAAUGGAACGCAAGGCGAUAUAAUGACUACGGCACGUAACUUGGAACUGGCAUUCUGCCAGACCAGUGACUCAAAUAGCUGCCAUCCGGUCCCACAUCACACUAGAGGCUUCAUUCCAAGUUCUACUGACUGUUGACAUCUAGUGGAAGGCGUAGGAAGUGCGAACAGAUCCCAUAUCUUAUUUGGAUGUAAAUAGGCGAUGAGUUGAAAAUCAACCAGCCCCAGAAUUUCCACUUCCUGUUUGGAAGUUUGCCUGCCCUAUGAGUUCUGUUAUACUCACAGACAUAAUUCAAACAGUUCAGAAACUUCAGUGUUUUCUAUCCAAUAGUAAUACCAAUAUGCAUAUAUUAGCAUCUUUGACAGAGUAGGAGGCAGUUCAUGGGCACGCAAUUCAUCCAAAGUGAAAAUGCUGCCCCCUAUCCCUAAAAGGUUUUAACCCACGCUGCCUGCUAAUUAUCUAUAGGCUGUGUUUCAACUGGCCAAUUUCAAAUAAUUUUCAAACAGUUUGAAUUGAGGUGUGUUCCAAUUCCUUAUUAAUUCACAUAAAGUAUCCCAUUUCACUGUGUCGGAUAAUUUACGUUUGAAGCACUACGAUGAACCGGACAAAUUUCUCUCUUUGAUGAGAGCCCAAGCACUUCCCCAGUGUUGCCCUGGUCACGUAUGUAGACAUUUGAGCAUCUCCGAUCAGAAAAGAAAUGCUAACUUUUUCCUCUUGAUGCCUGAAUUACCUUCAUUGUUGUUUUCCUUACAAAUAAUAACUUUGCACAUGUGUGCGUUUCUAUCAAAGUAAGUGACUUAUUACAUUAUAGUUUGUGUAUUGUGUUGUUGUUUCUACUGUAGCACACCGUAUAUAUAUGUAUGGAGCAUAAUGUAUUCUGUGUGCAUUCCUUUAUAACCGUGGACACGCAAGGAACUUAAUUUCUUAACCUUUAUGGUGUUCUACUCAAUUGUGCUUAUGUUACUAGCUACAUUCUUCUAUUAGCUUUGUAAAACAAUGCUGCACUCCACAAGGAGAAGUAUUCGCUUCUGUUGUAUCUUUUGAAGCUGCCCUGGCCUCAUGGCCUGUCUAUUUUAGCUCUGCUGGGCCCUGCCUCCUUGUGGAGCUCAACAGUUACUGUUAUUCAUAUUUGUGAUUUUUGUCAAUGCAAUUUAUUACUUUUAUAGCAGGGUUAUGUUACUACUUUAAUUGUUUUAUUGCUAUAUCCUGAUGCUGUAUUGUAAUUUAGUAAUAAUUCCUCUUUAUUCUGUGUCACACACAAACAUUAUUUGCCGCUGACGAUUGAGGCCAGCUUUUGUAUGCUAGCAACAUACAGUUUAAACACACUCCUUUACAGUUUUGCUUGGGGAAAAAACAGCAAGAAAAGACUGACAACUUAUUAAUAUGCAUAACCCAUAUUUCAAUAUUCAUGUAGUGAUUUAAACUGCAUUCCCAACCAUCCACCCCUAAAGUCAUAGUAUCACGGCAUGUCAGUUAGUCAUUGCUGCAAAUGUGCUAAAUAGUGCUUGAGUGUAUGGUACGACACAGGGGUGUGUCACAAGCUGAACAUGUGUACUUUGUCAACAACCUCUGCUUCCUUCUCAUGGUGCCAGACAGUCAGAUUUGCAGUGCCUCCGUGUGCGACUGUCUUGAGCAGCAGUUUGAAAGAAUGCCUUGCGGUGAGGCGUAGGGAAUUGUCUACAGCAGGACAGCCCCCAGUGGAGGUUCUCUCUGUACUUUUGCUAUGUAAUUAACUCACCUAUGGGGGAGUAGGGAGGAUGAGGGAGUGGAGAGGUGGGUGAGAGAGUCAGUUCAAUUCUAAAAUUAAAGUAUGUCCAAUUACAAAAAAAUAAUCUCACCUGUUAUCUGGUGGUGAACUAUGUGGCCAUUGAGGACAGCAGUGUCAAUCAGAUGGAAAAAUAUCUUAUACCACUUAGUAGUCUUCCGAGCAUAUUCCACAAAGCUGAUUAUUAUGUCUGUCUUAUCCACUGCCCCCAUUUUGAGGUUAGUCAAGUUCAGUCUGGUUUGAUCCCAUCAGGUGGUCCACCUUCCCUGUGGCCAACAAAGCCGCUGUAUAGACAGCGGAGAGUAUAUGGACUUUCAAUGGCAAAAGACUUUGCACUCCAGACUGGGACUCCUCUAAGCAAACAGCAGUGCCAGGAGUGGUGAAAUGGCUCGCGGCAUUCCAGCUACCACAGACCUCUUGUACUUCAUCUUCGUGGGUCUGCCUCCAUCACCACCAGCAUCUUCAGAGGGGCAUGGGACUUUGUUGGUGGGCAAGGGGUCCUCAGAUUUAGGGUUAUCAAUGGCCACAAGGAUGGGAAGCAGAUCCUCACAAUCAGAAUCUGAUUUUCAGACUCAUUGUCAGAAUUUCCACAUUUGUGAGUUGUCUCCUUUUGAAAGAUAUUGCUAAUGCUACAGCUUAGCCCACUAGCUACAUACAUAAACAAGACAAUGGCUGAUUGAGUGCCAGAGGUUACGUGAUUGACUGCUGGCACGUGCCACUUGUAUCAAUAAAUCAUCAGAAAAUGG